UUUAGUUCAUUUAUCGUCUGCUUCCACCGAAGUGAUAUGUUGACACGAUACGUGGAUCAAGUAUUAUCAUAUGAUCAUGGGAUAUAACUGUAGAAUGGCGAUCUUAGAUAAGAAUAACUACCUAUAUAAUUUAAUUUUUGGAUAUCAGCGGUGGUACAGGAUAUAUAAGUGACCUGCUUAGGACGUAAUACUCUAAAGAAACACGGGGACAGUUUGAAAAAGAAAACAGAAGGAAGAAUAAUUAAAUCCAACAUGACACGACCCAAAGUGAUCCAAAUAUUAAAAUAUGUCGGUUUGUUUGUCGGUUGUGUAGCUAAAUUUACCAGUGGUUCAUUAUUUGUGUUUAACGCCUAUCAAAAUGCCAUCAAAUCUACGUUCAAUUAUACACAAUCAGAAGUGGAACUUCUAUCGUCCGCCUUAAAUCUUGGAUUAGGAACGGGAUUUCUUCCAGGAAUGCUGUACGACCGGUUUGGACCAUUCUGGACGUCUGGUUCUGGGCUUCUGGUGUCCAGUUGUGCUUAUUUCCUUAUAUGGAGUACAACUAAAUCUGUUGAUUUUUAUAAAACAAGAUCAGGUUUAGUUGCAGUGUAUUAUUAUUUUGCCGGGUUUGGCUCAUUGUUUAGUUAUAUGUCUGCUCUAAAUACAAACGUAAUCAACUUUCCUGCUGAACAUAGGGGUAAAGUAAUUGGGCUGUUAAACGCAUGUUUUACUGGUAGCCCUUCCAUAUUUGCAUUACUUUAUUACCAUGUUUUUUCAACUGGUGACUAUAAUCGUGUAGAAAAUCAAGAUUUUUCCGGAUUCAUGUUCUUUUUUGCCAUUUUGUUUGUGGUGAUGAACUUGCUAUGUAUGCUUUUCCUGCACGAUCUUUCUAAAUUGAAAUCGAAGGAGUUAGUUAUUUCAAACAGCAUCGACGAAAACAGUAUUCAGGCAUCUUCAGGGACUUCUAUAAAUCAUCAAGAUGGUACGGCCACAGAUAAAGACACCUCACCCAUAUUACAAGAUGGAGAAACCCAAGACGGGACGUCAUUUUCGCGGUUUUUAAAACUAGUGAAAAGGUUAGACUUUCAACUUCUAACUGUGUCUUUUACGUUUGCGGCUGUGUUAGGGUUAGUGAACACUAAUAAUAUUACUGUGAUAACCAAAGCCGUAGGGCUGUCAUCAUACGAUAACAUUAUUUUAAUAUCCAUGCCGGUUGCGAAUACUAUACUGAGUUUGGUCAUCGGGCCACUUUCCGACAAAGUGAAAGCCAAAUGCCCUCGUCUCACUUUUUUCUUAGCUUCCUGUGUAUUUUUCACCUUUGCUGAAUUAGUUUUUAUAAUGUUUGCUUCGUCAAUUGGUGGAAUAUUUAUAGGAAUAAUACUUGCUGGUUUUGGCAUUGGAAUUUUAUGGACAUUAGUUCCAACCAUAGUCAGUGAGCUGUUUGGAAUUUCGGAUUUUGGAAGAAAUUGGGGAAUACUUCUAAUGCUUUCCGGACUUGGAUCAUUGGCCGGACAAGCCAUAUUUGGUAAAAUUUAUGAUUCCAUGAUCACGGAGUCAGGGGGUCUUUAUUGUUAUGGCACAAAAUGCUUUUUAUAUGAUUUUAUUUUUAUGGCCAUUUUAGGACUGAUCUCAGUAAUAUUAGCCGCCAUUUUAGAUAUACGGUUUCGAAAAAGACAAUAUAACCAAAUACCCUAGUUAUUAAAGAUAUGGGAAAUAUUAUUGACACAGGGCUUUAAAAAAAACCCAUCAUAUUUGUUCAUUGGCACGGUGGGGCCGCCCGAUAGAAACAAAGUAACCGCACAAAGAUUUUCAGCUUUUGAAAUCCUAAAGUCGAAAAAAGCAGUUUUGGAUAGAAUAAACAACCUAGAAAAUGAAUAGCUUAAAAAUGCAUUAUGUAAGAUUUCGAUAAAAAGCUGACAGUUGUAGCUAUCGUAGUUUAUAAGUAGACAACGAAAAAGGAAUAUAUUGAAAAUGUCAAAUUACUUUAUUCUAAGCGAAGUUAUGAAUGUUGGAAGUUUUGAUAAGAAUAGCGUAGUCUUGAUUUUCAUUCAUAUACCACUUUUGCGAUAAUAAGAAAUGUCUAGAUUAUCUAUUUUAAACUGAAUUACUAAAUAGAGAUCGUGUUUCAAUCCAUUAAAAAUCACGACCAUCGGAUUAUCUAGAGAGUUGUUUAUAGGCUUGUCAUGUGAAUAAAUGUCUAAAUUUUAAUGUUUAACAUUUUGGGCCAAAUGAAAGACCUGCAAUACUUUUAGGCAAAUUAAACUCUUACAUAAUGCAUCUUUAAUAGCUGGGAAUGUUACAAUAUAUUACACUUUAAUAUCUGAAUUAGAAAAUCAACGAUGUGGGGCUUCUAUGUUGCUAUCAAUACCGAAAGCGAUAGAAAUAUUUAAUAUAUAUGUAAAUGAAUACAGUUAAACAUCAAUUUUACAUACAAAUUUAAAAUAAUAUAUACGCUUUUUUAUAUUAAUUUAAUGAAAUGUGAAGCGGUGAAUUUAAUCAUGUCUAAACAUAAUCGAUAUGCUUUAUAAUUGUAUAUAUUAAGAUAACCGAUAAACAAAAUUAAACAUAUAUUAGUACCGCCAUCUUUAUUCGUCAAUGGAAAGAAUAAAAUUAUGUUUAUAUUAGGAACCAGGGGCCUGUUUCACGAAAUUUUAACUAAAGAUAAAAUCCAAAUUUUAGUCGAUUCUUCAAUUUUGAUUGGCUAAGCACUAAAAUCAAUCUAAUAUUAUCCAAUCAAAUUUGGAUUUUAUCAUUGUUAAAAUUUGGUGAAACAGGCCCCAGGUUCAAUGCAAAGUAGAAAAUGAAAUGUGUUAUCCGGCCAGAUAACUGUGAUUAUAACCUUACGACUGCGAACAUUACCAAACCCGUUAAAGAGCAAACACACUGCGUUCCCAGACAGUAUAUUUCUGACAAUAUUGCAAGCAUAUAUACUUCCUUUAUAAAUAGUCUUUAAAGGAGACAGACUAAUUUAUUUGUAACCGUGAUAUUAUGAUAGUUGAAAUAAAAUGUUUUUAUCUAAAUAAUCGUUACUGUAAGUGGUUCUUUUAUGAGCACACAAACGUGUACACGGCAAGGUUCGGGUCUCACUCUAUUCGAACAAUUCGAUACACCUUUCCUUAUCAUUGUAUUUCGUGUGUUGGUGAUCUGGAAUUGGAAUUGGUGAUCUGGAACUGGCAACAUUUCAUCUUAGCCCACUGCAUGG